AGGAGAGCGGAAGAUUUAGUGUAUCGUAAAAAGUCAACUUCGCCGUGGAAUGCCUGAAAUUGACACAAUUAUGCUUAUUUUGUUAUAUGUGUAGGACUUUUACCUAAUUUGGUCAUUUUUCACGUCGACGAAGUUGAAGGUGAAGCGCGAAAAGACAUUGCUAGAGCACUGGAAUGACAGCGACUUUAACCACUGAAAAACAACCGUGGUAUAAAUACCUAGCAUCUCCCGAAAUGUGGCAGAUUUGCAACUUAUAUCAGCUUCCAUGUGUUCUCUGUGAAAUGAGCUGACUCUGGAUCAGUGGUUCGAGCACCGAAACACAAUGACCAGAAUAUCCUGGUAUCAAGAGAAGAUCGGAGCCUACGAUCAACAAGUAUGGGAGAAGUCGUUGGCGCAGACAGACUUAAAUGGUCUCAACAGCAAACCCAGGAAGACUGGUCACAUCAAACCAGACCUCAUUGAUGUCGACUUAGUAAGAGGGUCCACGUUCAGCAAAGCCAAGCCAGCGUUUCCAUGGACGGCGUUGACGCGCAAGGGUCUCGUCCGAGUGCUGCUGUUCCCGUUCUUCUUCCCGUGGUGGAUCCAGGUCACCUCCAAGUCCAUCUCUUUGUGUAUUUUGGUGCUCUACUUCAUGCAAGUGGCUGCAGUGUUGCUCUACAUGGAGGUCCCCAGUGCCAGUGCCAGUGAGGUUUUCGGACCCAUGUGUCUAAUGCUGCUGCUUGGCACCGUGCAUUGCCAGAUUGUGUCCACUGAGUGCAGCAGGUGGCCACCGGCUUGUCCGGCCGCCAGCAAUAGCAGCAGCUGCAGCAGCAGUCCGGCCCGCAGGAGGAGGCCUAGGAAGGGCAGAGGCCAGAAGAAAUCUGAUGAUAAGAAUGACAGCCAGGACACGGAGCAGCGAUGCUUGUCGCAGUUUGAGAAAAUCCAGCAAUUGAAGAGAAAAGAUGAGAUGAGGAGCAAAAGAAAGUCAGACUUUGGAGCAUCUGACGAGCUCUCUAGUGAAGAAGAGGACGGGGUGCAACCAGUGGAAGUGAUUCAUCCUCCUCAGGAGAAAUGUGCAGCCUCGCAGUCUUCUUUGAGGUCAAGAAAGUCCAACCCAAAAGCUGCGGUGAGGCCUCAGGAAUGCGCCAGUGCCUUCAGGGUGAAGCCACGAGAGUUAGAGCGCCUCAGACCGAGCACGGGCUCCCGUCCGGCCUCUGACACCGACGACACCAUGUGGGAGGAGCUUCUCCAGGGACCGGACACUGUCUCCACCGGCAGCAGCGACAGCGAGGACAACGGGAGGUUUGCCGCCAGCUUGGCACUUCAGCAGAACACCACGCUGAGCAGCGAUGACGAGAGCCUGCAGCAAGGCAUCACUGGACACCAGCUGUCUUGGCUCCAGGCGUGCCAUCCUGCCAAGGACCGAGUAAGUGCCAUCAUUUGGGAGCAGGGCGAGUGUAAGAAAGCAGACAUGUCCGUGUUGGAGAUCAGCGGGAUCAUACUCACUCGGGUGAAGCUCGCAGAGCAAGGCAUGGGCUACCUGGUGUUCGGUGGGCUGGUGACCGCCACGCUGGCGCUGUUGCCCUUCGCCUUCCGCUUAGCCCAGCGUCUGGACAUGUCCGACUUCUGCUCGCUGUCGGCUCCUGAGCUGGUGGAGCUGUUGUUCAGGCCGGCUGGCGCUCACAACUACGCCUUUUACUUCAUCACCACAGUGCUGAGAGUGUGUCUCACUGGACUCUUCUUCUUCAUGAUGUGUGUGGCCGAAAGGACCUACAAGCAGAGACUUUUAUUCGCCAAACACUUCAACCACCUCACGUCAGCCCGCAAGGCCAAGAAGUCGGAGAUCCCUCACUUCCGCCUGAAGAAGGUGCAGAACAUCAAAAUGUGGCUGUCGCUGCGCUCCUUUCUCAGGAGGCGCGGGCCGCAGCGCUCCGUCGACGUCAUCGUGUCCACUAUCUUUCUGCUGGCGCUCUCCAUCUCAUUCAUCAUCUGCGCGCAGCUUCUGCAGAGCCACAAAACCUUCCUAGAGUCACUGACCAACUGGGAGCUGAUGGUGUGGGCCUCGUCGCUCAUCCUUUUUCUGCUGCGGUUCGCCACGCUGGGGUCGGAGACAAACUGCAAGUACAGCAACUCCUCUGUGCUUCUCACUGAGCAGAUCAACUUGUACCUCAAGAUGGAGAAAAAGCCCAACAAGAAAGAAGAGCUCAGUAUCGUGAACAACGUCUUGAAGCUCGCUUCUAAACUCAUGAAGGAGCUCGACACUCCCUUUCGCCUUCUCGGUCUGACCGUCAACCCGCUCAUCUACAACAUCACCAGAGUGGUCAUCUUGUCGGCUGUGUCCGCCGUGGUCAGCGACCUGCUGGGCUUCAACAUUAGACUGUGGAAAAUCAAACCGUAAUGUGAAUGCGCCAAAAAGCACUUAAAGUUUCCUGAAGGAAGGUGGUCAGACGCCGGCCACCUCUCGCCUUCACCCCUCGUGCAAAACUACUGACCACAUGUCCGUCACACACUUAACACUUUUGACCCUUGAAUGUAGUGAAACAUGACAAGGACGGAGUGAAACACAGACUAUGUAGUUCAGUACUAACCUUCAAGCAUAUAUGUCAAUGCUAUGCAAUGCCAGUAAAUAAGCACAGGUGGCCAUAUUAAGGAAACUUUGGGAUUUAAAACGUAUUUAUUUUAGCACUUUGGUGUUCAAUGACCACUAUCUGCCUUCCCUACUGAGGACCACUGGUGAAUAUAACUAUGCAAUGAAUUGAUGGAUGUUUGAUAAAAUAAAUUGUUUUACUCAUUUUGCUUGAA